UUUUUUUUUUUUUGUAGUGCGAGAAUAUCUGUAAAGGUGAAAUGUCACCAUUCUGGGGAAUUCAAGAUGGUGGAUGGUGUGUUAAACUACGUUGAUGGAGUUGUUUGUACUUUGGAGGUGGAUUCUGUCACAAUCUUUGAAGAUGUAUUGAUGAGUAUGCUUGAGAAGCGAAUUAAGCACAUUGGGAAGAUGUGGUACAAGCUACCAUUUGAGGAUUUAUCUGAUAGGAAGCCUCUGUGGGAGAAUGUGGAUGCCAAUAAGAAGAAAUUGGUUGCAAAAGGACGAUGGAUGGGAGAAGUAGAUAUCUAUUUUGAGAAGGAAGUAGGAGAAUGUGUUGAAGGUGUAGACACAAGAGCGGUUGGAAAUAAAGACACGGCUAUUGGAGGAGAAAAGAUCACAGAAGAAACACAACUACUUGUCAAGGAUGUCGCGUGUGAUGAUAAUGAUGAAGGUCAGAAUUCGGAGGCAUGUUUAUCUGAAUCAUCAGAGUCAGAUGUUGAGGCUGACAUUGUUGACGAGGAGGCUGAGGUUGUUGAAGAGGACAUACAAAUUUUCAACAACCAAAACUACGAGGAGCAGAUAUCGGAUGAAGAUGAUGUGUAUCCAGCAACUGAUGAUGAAUCUGGGGAUGAGGAAGCACAAACAGAGAGGAUGCAGAGAGGUGGUUUACUUGAUGGUGUGUUUAGUUUGAAGCAAGUGUUUAACAGUGGGAGUGAGUUUAAGAAGAAUGUGAUCAAGUAUGUAUUGAAGACUAGGCGGAAUGUUGUGUAUGAUAGGUGGGAGAAGGAAAAGCUUGGUGCAAAGUGUAAAGCAAAAGGCUGUGGGUGGAAAAUUUAUUGUGCUGUGGAGAACCCUAUCGGAAAAUGGAUGGUGAAGACCUAUGACUACGACCAUCAAUGCCAUCCAACAGGACGAUGUGAAAUUGUAAAGACUCCUGUCAUUGCUGAUUUAUUCCUUGAAGAUAUUAGGAGGGAUCCAGAGAUGAGUGGUCUAGAGAUUAAAGAUGAGAUGAAGAGGAGGUACAACAUCAUUAUCUCACCAAACCAGGCAAAAGUUGCAAGAAGACGUGUAUUUGAUAAGCUGCAAGCCGAAUGUGAUGAGCAGUUCGCAAGAUUAAGAGACUAUGAACUUCAUCUAAUAACGUAAGUUAAUAUGAUUUUGGCCUUAGUCUUAUUAUUUUUUAUUUCUUAUUUGGUUUAUUAUCGUGGUUGUCUUAAUAAGUUUUUGAUUUCUUUUAGGUCUAAUCCUCAAACUACAGUGGAGAUCAACACAGUAGUAAGAGCUGAUGGUCGUGAGGCAUUCCACCAAAUUUACAUUUGCUUUGAGCCGUUGAGGACUGCUUGGAAGCAGAAUUGCAGACCAGUCAUAGGUUUGGAUGGAACAUUCUUGAAGAACUCUUCAAAUGGGAUGAUGCUUACUGCUGUUGGAAGGGAUCCUAAUAACCAGAUUUUUCCAAUAGCAUGGGCCGUGGUAGACUGUGAGAACAAUCCCAAUUGGGAAUGGUUUGUGAAGAAGAUUAAAGCAGACUUGGAGUUGGGGCUGGGUGAGAACAUCACUCUCAUAUCGGAUAUGCACAAAGGGUUAAUUCACGGAGUUGCUACUGAAUUACCAAUGGCAGAGCAUCGAGCUUGUGCUAGACACAUC